AUGGAGUUGCGAGUGGAGGAUAUUUAUACCUUCUCUUGGGCUUUGAACUUGAGCUUCCUGUUUGUCAGCUUUGAAGUCGUUAUUAAAAGCUGCCACACAGCUGCGGAGGAUUGGAGGGAGCUUGUUGAGAUCCAGCCACGAACUAUGCUCUUGGCCAGAGAGUUUCUUUUGCUCCUGUGCGUGGGGCUUGUGAACGCGUUUUAUCCCAGCCACGAAUCGGAGGGCACGGCAUCAAGUGCUUUCACCGACGCCAAUGUCCCAGAAAAGAGGGUGAGGCAGACUGUCGUGGAGAGAAACCCUCUGCCUGGAAAAUAUCUCAAGGAAGGUGGAGCCCUUAAAGAGACGAACGGGACGGAACCAUUCCAAGCCCGUUUUGAAGAAGUUGUUAAGAGGAACGCUAGAGCCUCUCAAAGAGUCUAUGAAGAUUUAGCCUCCUUUUCUGGUGGCUACUUCUUGAACAUGAAGAAAAAGCAACUUUCUAAGGCCUUUGGCACAGUGGAGCUGUCCAUGAAUGCCGCUCCUGUUAAAAUAGCCCAUAAUUGUGUGGAUGGGUCCCAGUUCUCCUUCCCUGUGGAUGAAACUCUCUCCGAAAUAUCAAUCUCAGUCAAGACAUUAAGGCACAUGAGAUUCAACUUUAAUAUCUUGCAACCUUCAGGUGAUCCAUUCACCAAGUAUCGUAUGAUGAUUGACACAAGCAAUCACAAGGUCGUGAAGGUAUCUCCUCUCCCUCAGCCAGGUCGGUGGGCUGUAUCUAUGACUCCCGGGGGCUCUUAUGAGGUAGAGAUCAGAGGCAAGAGUUUGCUUGACUUUACUUACCAGAUAAUGCAAAAGCAGAAUGACUACAUACUUCCAAUCCAAGGACAGCCUGUGAAAGGAUCAAACUAUACCAUCUCCAUAAAGAUGCUGGAGGCAGCCAGAGGUACCCAGAUGCAGCGUCUGGUCAUUUCUGAUGGACUAAGAGGUCCUAUUCACUCCAUCAUUUUAAACCAAACAUCUGAUGGCCUUGGCAAUAUCCUGGCCUUUGUCCCGAUUCAUCUGGAUUCAUUGUCUCCAAUAUUAAGAGUGGAAGGUCUGUCUCCUGGCAACCUGCCCUUCUCACGCCUCAACACCAAUCCCAUCCAUGUGGCGUCAAUAAGGAUUCUACCCUUGGCCGACCAAGAUUGUACAUUGUUGCCCGGUGAGAGCCUAGAGGUCUCUGUCCAGGUGGUGAAUGAUGGAUCAGCAGCUGCAACGUUCACCUUUAAUGUCCGAGAUGACCUGCAUCUCACACAGAGCUUUAGACCAGCACAACGUUUCUUGAAGAAAGGAGAGAGCACUCUUCUCGUGGCAACAUUUGUGGCACCUGUCAAUAGCUCCAAUUUUGCCUCAAGUCUUGCGACAUUUACAGCCAAAACCAGUUCAUCACAAAACUACCUGACUCUGCUCAUCACUGUCAUUCCCAAAACAGCCUCGGAAACUAAAGAAAACCCACCAGCCUACCACCUUCUUCAAUUCUACAUGCCUUGUGGAGCUGACAGCUGGCAAAGACCUGACUGCUCUCAACACACCUGGAACAUGACAUUUUCUGCUGAGGGUGCUGAAGCUGCUGUUAGCGUCCAGAUCAGCCCAGAUCCCAGCGCUUUAUCUUGUCAUUCAGAAGAGGAAGGUAGCAACAAGAAGCUCAUCUGUGAUUACAAGUCCAGCUGCUGUUCUCCUUUAGCAGAUGUCCUGAUCAGUGAUGAGAAUGGCAACAUGAACAGUUUCACUGUGGAUUACAACACACAGCCUCCCACACCAGCCUUCAUCAGCAACUAGAUGACCAGAAGGCUAAAUCCGUCAUGACCACCACCGAUAUUCUGAGAGAUCCUCCAAUUUUCUUCAGUAGUAUUUUUGAGCGCGAUCCAACUGAUCAUCCAGCACUACAUCAAUAAUCAUU